UUUCUUUUUCUUUUUUUGGAGAGAGGGAGUGGGGGGGACGAACGGUGGCCGGUGUUUCCCGACACGAGUCGAGUGUCUCCGAGAGUGAGCAGAGCAGCCCGACAUAUUCUGAACAUCUUCCAAAUGUUGAGCCCGAGUCGUGAAGUGCUGCUCUUGUUGGGGGCGAGGUUGAAAGGGAGUGAGACGGCGACGAGGGAGGCAAGAGGCAGCAUCCGCACACAUUUUUAACAAAACAUCCUUCUUCACAUCCCCGCUGACUGCAGCGCACCUCACAAACCGGCCAAUUAAAAAGGCACAACAGAAUCAGCCAGGAUGGCGACAGUCAGUGUGAUCACAUUCAGCUUUCUGCUCGCCACAGCUCUUUCUGCUCCUAUUAAAGUUGAUGAGGACUCCAUGACCUUGUUCCAUGGGGAGGAUUUCCACAUCAUGUUGCCCUCACUGGAGUGUGAGGUCACAUUUCGGAACAGGUCUGCUCCACGGUCGGCCGAUGUGGUGCUGAUGCGAGGCGGCGUCGUGGUCAACAAUCGUGCAAAACUCAACCGCCACCUCAGCCACCUCAUUAUCGAUGCUGUCGGUGAAGGAGACGAGGGCAUGUACACCGUGAAGAAUCCAGAUAUACCCGACGACGUCAGACGUCUCGCGCUUGUAGUCCGAGAUUGCUCCAACGAGCAGUCCAUUAAAUAUGGAGACCCCUACCAUAUUCCACUGUUAGGGGUGACUCUUCCCAUCACACUGGAGUACAGGCCCAGUGCUGUGGAGGCCAACCAGACAUCUAGACCUGCUCUGGUGCUGCUCACCAGGACAGGGCUGUCCAGGGAGGGCUACCAGGGUCGAAUCAGCGUUAGUGAGCGCCAUGUCACCCUCAGUGCUGUCACGGGUGCAGACGAAGGUAGCUACACUGUCAGGGAUGCCGAAGGUGAUAUCCAAAGGAAAGUGUGUCUCAACGUCAGAGAGCACCAAAACUUUGUGAUCCUGCCAUAUGGAAAAAGACUGAAGAUCAACCUGAUACUCAACAGCUCUUUGGUCCAACUGUACUACAGCCCCGACUCUGACCCCACACCCCGUCUGCUGCUGGACAAGGGAGAAUUUACAAAUGCCAUAGAGGAGCUGAAUCUCCAGGACCGUCUCUCUAUGGAGGGUUCAUUGGUUUUACUGGAUCAAGUCAAGGGUGCAGAUGCAGGACAGUUCAAAAUUACUGACAUACUGGGGUUCACUGUGUCCAGCAUCCACCUGGAAGUACAACCCUACAAGCUGGAGUCGCUGUAUGUGGCCAUCAUCGCCCUGUUGGGCUUGCUGGUUUUCCUUCUGCUGGUUUGUCUGCUGUCCUGCUUGAUCAAAGUGAAGAAGAGGGCCAAGAGGGCCGCUGCCCUGGAGAAGCUUGCCCAGAAUGCCGGCAAAGAGGAUGAGGGAGAGGCCUUCAGACAGGUGGUCAAGAACAUCACCAAACUCAGUGAGGAAUCAAAGCACUCCCAGGCAGACAACACAGAGAAAUCUCAAAGCACUGAGGUGGACAUUAAAGGUCUGGAGGUUUCCUCUAAAGAGGUUGGGGUUGAUAACCUAGAGACCAGUGACUCUGGCGUUGGCUUUAACACCGCCCUCCCACUGGACACUGACACUGAUGUCCCUGAUCCAAUCUCUGAGUCCGUGGCUGUAACCAUCUCUGCUGCCCCUGAAACCAAACCAAGUCCUCCAUCUGCUGCUGAGACCAAGCCAAGUGCUCCACCAGCUUUGGAAAUUACGCCCAGUCCAGUAGCUGAAACUAAAGCCUCCCCAGCACCCGAGACCAUGUCAACCCCUGAUCAGCCAGUGGAAGCAAAGUUGGAUGUGUCCAAACCAUCAGAAAUUAAGCUCAGCCCAGCCCCGAGUCCUGAGCCUAAGGCUCGUCUGAGUCCUGCUGAUCUAAAGCCUGCACCCACACCUGAGCCCCCCAAACCAACUACACCGGAACCUAUUACCAACGGUACACCUGAGCCAGGCCUGGAUUCCAAACCAAGCCCAGAGCACAUUGAUAUCAUCGGAGGCUCAGCUCCAAAAGCAGCCCCCCCUAAAACCCCUGAAGUGGAGCUGAAAUCUAGUGGUGCUGCACUGGAGGCCAGCAAAGAGGGCACUGUGGCUGAGGAUUCAACCACCACCACCUGAGAACUGCCCCUGCAAAAAUCAAAGGGAGGCCCCACAGAUUUUCUCCAUCUACCACCACUGUAGACAAUCGAGCACCCCCUACCAAAUAAUGAAGAAACCACUGAAACUGGGGCAAGGACUCUGGUUUAACGUGUCUAUUGUCUGAACACAGUAUAACCUUGUUAACGGUAUCUCACUUGUCUAUAAUUAACACAUAACCUUUGAGACUUUCUGAUCUGGAAGAACUUCACACAACAAAUGUGGCUUGUUGAUUGUUUAGCUGUAUACAACUUGCAGCCUCAUUUUUGGUAACUUUAGAGUAAGUUAGUGUCCGACUGCAAACGAAAUCCUUUGCAGUGUUUACAAAAAGAACUCCACAUGAAGUCUUUUCCAACAUAUUGAGCUCGCCAGAAAGGUUUACAACAUUUCAUUAAAACAUACUAGAAUUCCUUAGUUGACCGUAACUAACCGUUAUUUCCCAUCUAAAUGCUCGUUCCUCUGUCAGCAUGUGGAUAAAACAGACAAACUGCAUGAAAUUUUCAACCAGUGUCAUCUCAAACCUACUAAAAUGUGUCAUGACAGUCUUUUAAUCGGACACGCAAAAAGCCCCGUAGAUCACACAAACGACACUUUGUUGUUGGCACUUUGUACAUAGCUUAAACGUGUAUGUUAUAUGCUUGUGCGAGUCCUCUGGCUUCAUAAACAUGUGCAAUUCAUUAACACAUAUAGAAGAGAAAAAAAAGAUUAGUUUUGCAUAAAUUUAACCACACCACACAAAAAUAUACUAAUAAUACUAACCCCGCUAUUUAUAGUCUGAGAUUGAGAUUCGGACUCCCAGUGGAUAGCUCAGAUGAUUAAAAUGUGUAUUUCAGACUGAUCCCUGAAGUCCGGAUCAACCACUUUUGUGUCUUUGAUCUGGAUUUCCUGGUGGCUCUAUAAAAAUCCCAUCAUUCCUAAAGUUUAAUAGGCAGCUCAUGCCAGCAGCAACUCCAGGAACUUAAUGGGACCACCGUGUUCCUGCUGUACGUUUGGCUUUCCAAAGGUGAAAUACUGAAUGAAAGUGUCUGGAAAGUUCAAAUAGUUAGGACAUGACUGCUUGUGUCUUUGUUUUUUAUACUUCCUUGAAUAUUUUCAGCCCUAUUUUUGUUAUUACUUAAUCCUCCCUUUUCUUUUCAUCUUCCUUUCCUUUGCUAGGCUUAGUUUUUAAAUACUUUAGUACUUAAGACAUAAACUAGAAUCUUAACUUCAUUUUUUAUUUCUUCCUGUGUCUUUGUCCCUCUAAAAUGUGGCUAAAGCUUAACCAUUUAUGCCUAGCAUGCGUAAUGGCUCCAAAAUAAUCCUAUGAGGCCUUUAUCAAUGCCACAACAUCAUCUGUCCAGAGCUGUUCUUAAGUUUGCAAUAUGUGGACACUGAGUCAAGACAAAAUAAUCUUAUUUGCAACUCUUGUAUGGUACAGAUGAGGUGUGCAGAUACAUUUUAGUGUUACAAAAUGCAUGUCUCUACCUCAUGUUUUAACCGACCACUAAAGAACCAAUGACAGUCCGGCUUUGAUGCACUGAAAUCAACAAAGAGCAUUUGCGGUUUUUGAGAGAAGCACAAUAAGACAGCCAUUAAAAUUCAAUCAAAUGAUCAAUGAAAUGUAGGAAAACUGUAACAGGUAGAUCCAUCUACAGUAUGACCGAUUGGCCUUUCUUGGUAGUUUUCCUGAGUAUUAGAUUUUUCUUACACGUGGAUUAGUAUCAGCCAAUGUCAGCCUUUUAAAAAGCCAUAUGACAAGAUAGGUUUAGAUGUCAAAUUUGAUACAAAGAUCAAUAAAUAAAAUGUUUAAACUAAAACAAACCAAAAAAUGGUAUUAGAUGGUCAGAUGUAUUACAUAUGAACAAAGGCAUUCUCAUGUAAAACACUAGAUAUGCCUCAUUUCUAGCCUGGAACCCAUUUUGGCAAUACUAAAAAUAAUUUAUACACACAUACAUAUACACACACAUUCCAGCCUUGUAAAUAUUGCAUGUGUACGCCACUUUAACCCCCUUAAGGCUGAAUGUUUUUAGUGUAUAGAACGGUUGUUGUAUUAUACUUAAUAAUAAAGAAAUAAACUAAUUUAAAUUUCUUACAAACAUUAAAUCCAGAAUAUUAAAAAAAUGUACACAUACAUUACUAUAUACUAUAAACACUAAUAUUCACUAACGUCUUGAACUAAUUUAACAACCAAAUAUUGUAAAAAUUCAUAAAGACUAUAAUAGAUCUUUCUAGAUCAAUUAUCUGCUGUUAUUGCCAUUUCCAACCAGAUAUUCGCAGCGUACAGUAUCUCUCACAGUAUUUACAUGUUGUAUUAAAACGUUUAACCUAUGUCACUUAAAGCAUUGACUGCAGCAUGCCCACGACAUGCCCUGAAAAAUAGGCUUCUAUUGUCCUAAAGUUAUAUGUGUGUGUGCGUGUGACCAGAGGAGUGAUGUUUUAAUGUUGCCGUCAUUGUGUGUUUGGGAUUUUUUUUGUGUGUGUUUAAUGCCUACAAUGCACAUUGAGUGAUUUACGAGUGGGUGUUUGUGUGUGCUGAGUCUAUGCAUAGGAAAUUUGUACAGAAUGAAACAACUGUACUUUAAGUGUGCUUCUCCAUCCGUUGUGUGUAAGGUAUUCAUGUGCCUGCUUAAAAUCGUCGCAAUGUGAAGAAAACAAGUGCUGUGUUGAAGUCAUGAGUGUGAAUGUGUUUAAAGCCACAAACUAUUGUAGAAGAUAUUGUAACUUUGAGAUAUUUGAGUGACUCUUUGUCUUUGAUUAGUGCCUAAAAACGUGUAUUGGAUAGUUGGCCUGUAUUCUGUCAUUAGCCGACACUCCUAAUGGCACCUUUUUCUUGAUAGGUAGUGGAUUCACAGAAAGCUGAUUGCACAACUGACUGAGCAACGUGAUACCACUGAUUAGCAUAAUGAUAUGCUAAUGUGUAGAAGAUAUUGUAUAAAAACCAUGAAAGUGUUUCUCCAGAUCAUUCUGAGUAACAUAAGGAAUGCUGAGUGUGCUCUAUUUGUAAGUGAGUUUUCCAUUUCAUCAA